CGGGGGGCCUGCCGAUCGCGCGCUCGCAGGCGGCCGCGGUGGUCGCAGAAGGGGUGGCGCCCGGCCCCGGGCUUCCCAUGGAGGCGCCCGAGCUGGGCCCGGGGCUGGUGGAGCGUCUGGAGCAGCUGGCGACGUGUCCGCUGUGCGGGGGCCCCUUCGAGGACCCGGUGCUUCUGGCGUGUGAGCACAGCUUCUGCCGCGCGUGCCUGGCCCGGCACUGGGGGACCCCGCCGGCGCCCGGCGCCGAGGCAGCCCCCACCGCCGACAUGAGGAAGACAUGGAGACGAUUUGACGUCCCAACACCCAAGUCACCUCCCUCAGAGGAGGAUCUCCCUGAAGAUUACCCAGUGGUCAAAAACAUGCUCCACAGACUGACGGCGAACCUGACCCUGGACCCUGGCACUGCGCAUCGCCGCCUGCUCAUCUCCACCGACCGCCGCAGCGUCCGACUGGCCCCGCCAGGGACACCAGCGCCCUGUGACGGCCCCGCACGCUUCGAUCAGCUCCCAGCCGUGCUGGGUACCCAAAGCUUCGGGGCUGGCCGCCCUCUCCUGGGCGGCGCCGGGCCCCCGCCGCGGCGCAUCCGCGUGGACUUGGACUGGGAACGCGGCCGCGUGGCCUUCUACGACGGGCGCUCGCUGGACCUGCUCUUCGCCUUCCAGGCCCCCGGGCCCCUGGGGGAACGCAUCUUCCCGUUGCUCUGCACCCGUGACCCCCGCGCCCAGCUGCGCAUCGUGCCUGCCGAAGAAUGAGAGUGGCCCCGACCUCCGUUCCAGUCUGACCGGCUCCCAAUAGGCUGUUUCCCAUCGGCUCAUUCCUGGGAUGGUGUCCACACGCACCAUGCAAGAAUACUAAGCAUCCCAGCAUCCCCUCCACACACCUCAGGAUCCCGUUUUCUUUUUUGGGGAGAGGUUUUUGCUAUGCGCUCGCCAGACAGAGACAGAGAGACAGGAAGCGAGAAAUCA